CUCUCUCUCUCUUUCUCUUUCUCUCUCCCUCCUCUUCUCUCCCUCCACGGGGUUGAGUCUCCUUCUCGGUUGCAGCCAUGGAGGCAGAUGGGAGCCAGGCGAUUUCUGUGAGCCCCAACGACUCGCAGCACGACCCUGGUAAAAUGUUUAUUGGCGGCCUGAGUUGGCAAACCUCACCAGAUAACCUUAGAGAUUAUUUUAGUAAAUUUGGAGACAUUAGAGAAUGUAUGGUCAUGAGAGACCCGACAACAAAACGCUCCAGGGGCUUUGGUUUCGUUACAUUUGCUGAUCCAGCAAGUGUAGAUAAAGUAUUAGCUCAACCUCAUCAUGAAUUAGAUUCCAAGACGAUUGACCCUAAAGUUGCAUUUCCCCGAAGAGCUCAGCCUAAGAUGGUCACAAGAACAAAGAAAAUAUUUGUAGGUGGAUUAUCGGCUAAUACGGUAGUGGAAGAUGUAAAGCAAUAUUUUGAACAGUUUGGCAAGGUAGAGGACGCCAUGCUUAUGUUUGACAAGACCACCAACAGACAUAGAGGAUUUGGGUUUGUAACUUUUGAAAACGAAGAUGUGGUGGAAAAAGUCUGCGAAAUCCAUUUUCAUGAAAUCAAUAACAAAAUGGUGGAGUGUAAGAAAGCACAGCCUAAAGAAGUGAUGUUUCCACCAGGGACGAGAGGAAGAGCUCGUGGGUUGCCAUAUACCAUGGAUGCUUUUAUGCUAGGGAUGGGGAUGUUGGGUUACCCGAAUUUUGUCGCCACCUACGGCCGAGGAUAUCCUGGAUUUGCUCCCAGUUACAGUUAUCAGUUCCCAGUGCUUUCCGUGGGAUCUCCAAUCAAACCCAGUUAUCCAGGUUUCCCGGCAGCAGCCUACGGACCUGUAGCAGCGGCGGCAGUGGCGGCAGCAAGAGGAUCAGGGUUCCCUGAUUACGGUUUCUAUUCUCCGCCCGGUGAGCAACGGGCUCCAUUAUCGUACGCAGACUAUGGUUCCAUGGGGCCACGGGUGGCUCAGAUGCUUCGUAGCGAGCUCCCUGCUUCAGCGAGUAACUCCCCCCUUCACCACCUUCCCAGCCCGGAUCAGUUUAAAAGCCCAGUCUUGAAUAGCUACAGUGCUCAACCGAAUUUUGGCGCACCCGCUUCCCCGGCAGGCUCCAACCCAGCCCGGCCCGGAGGAUUCCCAGGGGCAAACAGCCCGGGUCCAGUUGCAGACCUCUACGGUACAGCCAGCCAAGAUUCCGGUGUUGGUAACUACAUAAGUGCUGCGAGCCCUCAACCUGGCUCCGGCUUUGGGCAUGGAAUUGCUGGACCCUUGAUUGCAACGGCUUUUACAAAUGGAUACCAUUGAAACGUUACACAGGGUUGGUUGCCAUCUCACUCGGAGAGUAUAUCUGGAUGUCCAGGCAAGACAGGGCGAAGUUUCUGAAUGGUUCCAUGUUUAGGUGAUAUACCAUCAGACUUUCAGCAUUACUUCAUCACCAAUAACCCACACAAACUGGAGGUGGCACUCAGCAGAUUGGGUUGUCCAAAAUCUUUUAUCAUCUCAUGAACCUGCUGUACUAUAUAGAACAACAGCUUUUAAAAACAAACAAACAAACUUGUAUAUAUAUAAUCCAUUUUGUUCUUUUAUUAUUUUUCUUGAUGUUUUUUUUUCCCCUUUGAAAUCUAUUUUAAUCAGGUUUUUUUUUUUUUUUGGUAGUAGUAUUUUGACAUAGGCUUAUAGUCACGUAGAUCUGCUACUUUGUGUAUUUAGGAAAAAGCCUAAUCAUAAUAUAACUGUUUAUAUAUUAAGGGUUUCUUUGCUUUGCUUUUUAAUCCUCUCUCCCCACCCUUUCUUUCUUUUUAUGUAUUUUGUCGCUUAAAAGAGGCUGAAAUGGUAACACGAUUCUCAGUUGACUGGUACCAAUUCUGAAGCUGGAAAAAACCUUUUUCAGGUGGAAUUUAGCACACACUGAAUUUAGAAGUAGAGCAAGCAAGACAAGCAAGCAGAAAUAAUUAUAUUUUAUGCUGGAUGGGGAAUAGGAUUCAGGAUCUUUAGCAGUACUUUUUAUUAGUUAACCUAAUUAUAUCUAUUUUCGGCAAUAAGGUAAGGACUGCAAUGCUUUGUGCGUCCUUUUUCUAUAAGUGCAUUUUUUUGGUUAAAAAAAAGAGGCGAUAAGGUUUUUUGAAAUUGUGAAUUCUAAUAAUAAUAAUAAUAAUAUUAAUAAUAAUAAUAAUACUGUAAAUACAGCUCCAUUAACUUACAUAUAAACUAUUAAAAAAGAGAAAUGCAUAAUAUUUUUGUGAUGGAGUCAGACUAAGGCAGUUUCUGUACUGAAUGGAAGAAAAAGAUAAAGACUGAGGGGAUACAGUCCACCAGAACCGUCUCUUCUGCAUGUUCUUGGACACUGAACGGGAGAUGAGCCAAAGGGGAUGGGCGUGCCCCCACGGCACCUCCCCCUCCAUCUCGCAAGCGCAUGCACGGGCACGGUUCCCGAUGGAUUGCACCCUAACAUUUUGAGAUCAACUGCCAGAGCUGGCCCGUAGCAGUUAGAUCAACACUGUUUAGCUUGCUCUGUAGGUAUUAGACCUUAUAACUGUACUAGUGUCAUACCAGCAUAUUAACUAGACAUCUGUGCACAGCUUUUAAAGUAACAGUCUAGUUACGUUUUUAAGUUAAAAAAACAACCGCUUUUCCCAAGAUUGAAAAAGCUACAAUUUUAAUAUUUAAAAAAAAGGUAUUUAAACUUUCAAGCACACAUUUUUAACCAUUAUUUAGAUCACCUGACUGUCCAUUCAUUUCAGCAGCCGCAACGUUUCCGACGGCGCUCUGACCAAGUGGUGGCUUGUCUCGGACACUCCCAGGCCGCAGGGCGGGGCAGACGAGGCUUGCAUCUUCUCAUCUUUUAUCCAUUCUUUCCUAUAUUAACAAAUUAGGGGAAAGCAAAGGUUUUUAAAAAAGAAAAUUCUUCUGAAUACCUCAGCGCUUCAAGUUUUAUCACCCUAGACGCAGGAGAAGUUUAAUUUAUUGUAGAUGAGAACAGAUUUGAAAAAAAAAAUGUAUAAAAACAACAUUGCACUGUGACUGGUAGGGAAAAACUGACAACUUCCAAUUUGCACAUGUUUAAUGUUUUGGCUGUUAUAUUUGUGGUCCUCUGCUGGGGAGGAGACUUAUGAAGGAUAUUUUUUAAUUUAAUUUUUUUUAAUAUGGGUCAAAUAGGCCGGCAACAGCAACUCGACGUACAACACAGUAGGUGAUAUUACAAGCAUAACUGUAGUGUGGAUAUAUUCUUUUUUUAAAAAACAUUAAUAUUGACAAGUUUUAUUAAUAUUUUUUUAAAUUGUUACGUUUAUAAAUUUGGUACUCUAGGUACAGCCAGAAUAAGACACUGAACGCGACAUUUGUUAAGAGAGGAAUAAAAAAAGCUGCUGCACUCCUAUUUUUGUAAAAUUUUACUAACAAGUAGGCUAACGUAGACGUUCAAUAGACAAGUUAGAGCAAGACAUUGUUCAUCACUCACCAAGGCACAGUAAUGCGAACUAGAGAGGAGGGGGGAAAAAUCCUACUUUUUUCCUUGUUUUAAAUUAAACAACAAAAAUCAUAGGGUUGUCUUAUUGGAGGUUUUUUCUUUGUUUGUGGGGGGGGGGGAGCAAGGUGUCGUUGUAUUAUGUUUUAGGUCUUUUAAUUAUUAUUUUAUUUUUCUUAUUUCGAAAACAUCCAGGUUUAAAACCCAGCAUGCUGGACGCUUUUUUAAAAUGAUUUGAGUCUUGAUCA